AUGCCAUCAAGCUCGUUACCAACAGAAGACCUCAACCCAACCGAUGCAAAUGUCGAGAAUCAGGAAAGUAAUAUGUCCGGGAGCAAGGGAAAGCAAAAGAAAACAAAGUCGUCCAAUCUAUCAGAGGAAGAGAAAAAGGCACACCAUAUAGCUUCAGAACAGAAACGAAGAGAAAAUAUUCGAGCUGAAUUUGAUAAACUAGUGUCGCUCACGCCAAGUUUGACUGCACAAGAGAGCAGGUCAGAAUUGAAUAUCUUGACUAAAAGUGCCGACUAUAUUGAUCAAUUAAAAGAGGAGAACUUGAAGUUGAUUGAACUUUGCCGACAAAAGGGGAUUGAAGUUCCAGAGGAAUUGAUUUAUAAAGGUCCACAAAAUGAUGGGAGUGACAUUGCUAUAUAG